CGUGCAGAGCUGCGCAACUACGCCGUGCCAACACACGACAAACGUGGUCGCGGAUAUCGUAUAAUUGUAAUCGUUAUCGUACGGUACCGAUCGUGCGAACAACGGUGGACUGAUCGCGACGCGAUCAUUAUUAUAGUUUUUUUUUUUUCUCUCUCGCGAAACCAUAAAUAAAUAUUACAAAAAAAAAAAAAAAAUUCGUUUAAUAACUUUUAUCGAGACAGUUUUUUUUUUUUUUCUUCAAAUUUUUAAACCUCGCACCACGGUCAACGCGCACGGAACUACGUCGCCUCCGCCGGACAGCGCCAAGCAGCGGCGUGCAGUCGUCGUCCAGAGCACAUCCCGGCGCCGGCGGUACAGGUGCGUUCCCCGACUUAAUGGGUUCCCGGUGCACCGGCGACGAGUCCGAUGCCGCCGCCGUCGGAUCCGACUCGUAGUGCCACCGCAGACGUAACGCAUCACCGUCGGUAACGCGCGCGCGUCUUGGUGGUGGUCGGGCGCCAGCUGCAACGCCGUCGAACCCGCGGGCGAAGGGCCCGAAGACGCCGGUCGACCAGAGCGGACCGUCCCGCCGCACGUUCCCGCCGCCGCCGCGCAACAGCACCGCAGUCCGCAUGUCCCGCAGAAAGCAGUCCAGACCGGUCAAGGUCCUCGAGGACGAGGAAGAGUGCGCCGACGGCGUCUCGCACCACGGCGAACCGGGCGCGGUCGUCGUCGUCGUCAACGGGCACCACGUAUCCACGUCCACUCGCCGAUUCGACGACGGUGCAAUAUCCAUGACUUCGGACGAUGAAGACGACGAAGAAAACGGGCCUAUACACGGCGAAAAGUUGCCCAGAAAAUUGUCGAACACGUGUCGCCAGUGCGCGAUGGGGUUCCUGAGCUAUUCCGAACUGUCGGAGCACAACAAAACGUGCGUGCUCCACGCAGGCAUGGCAAACAACGCGGCCAACUCCGAAGACUUUGAACAUCAGAACAUCGACCAGGACAUCGAUGACGAUGACGAAGAGGACGAGGACGACGAGGAAGAGGAGGACGUGGACGACUACCGUCACGCGCACUACAACGUCGCCGCGGCGGCCAACCUCCAAUCUUUGACCGUGGCCGACCUAAGGAACGCCAGAAACAACAACAACAACAACAACCACAACAACAACAUUAACAACAACAAAGCUCACGAAGAACAGAGGAGGCAGCGGCAGGACGCCGAGAACAACAACCGCCGCUACGGUGGCGUCGGUGGCGGCGGCCAAGAGGCAGUCGUCGAUGACAUGGUCACCGGCGACGAAUCGGCCGCGAUGGUGCCCCCUGGAUUUCCGUUCGCUGCGUACCAAGCAGCCGUGGCCGCGGCCGCCGCGGGCGAGACACCGGUUCACCAGCAGCAGCAGCAUCAGCAAGCCGCCGCGGCCGCCGGCCACCACGUGACGCUGGAAGCGUUGCAGAACACCAAGGUGGCCGUGGCCCAGUUCGCGGCCACCGCGAUGGCCAUCAACAACGGUGCGGCCAGCAACCCGAACGUGCUGCAGGACCUGGCCAUCGUCAACUCGACGCUGUUCACGUUGCAACACCAGCAAAUGAUGCAGCUCAGCCUGAUCCAGCAGCUGCGACAACAGUUGCAAAUCAGUCGCGGUUGCGGUGGCGGCAGCCGGGACGGCACGUUGUCCGUGUCGCCACCGCUCCUCAGCGACGGCACCGACGACGUGAUCGCCGCGGCCGCUGCGGCGGCUGCGGCCACGACCACCGGUGUGGCCACACCGUUGCCCAACGACAUACCGCUGUCGCUGUUGGCCAUAUCGCGGAACGGCGCCACGGAACUGUUGCACCAGAUGCAACAGCAGCAGCAGCAGCAGCAGGGCUGCUUGCCUCACUCGCCGCCGCUGGCCGUGCCGAUCCUGAUGCAGCCCACUGGGGACUGCACCACCCAGACACCGUGCAUGCAGCUCAGCCGCUCCCCUUCGCUGUCGUCUUCGUGUUCGCCAACGCCUCCACCGCCACCUCCCCUGCCACCGACCACCAUGAUGGCCAUGAUGUUGCCCGAACUGCAGCAGCGUCAGUCUGUGGCCGCCGGCACCUGCUCCCCAUCACCACUGUCCUCGUCGUCGUCCGCUGCGGUGCAGGCCACAGUGGCCGCGGCGUCGUCAUUAUCCUCGAGCGCCGCGGUGCCACCGCCGCCGCCGACCACCGUCCACGCGGCCGCGUCCUCCGUGACCACACCACCGUCCACGUCCGUGAUGUCGUCCUCGUCGUCGUCGCCAUACGCCUCGUCACCGAUCGUCACUCAUCAUCAUUCCAUCCCGUCGUGUUCCGUGUCGUCCGCGUUCGCCUCGUCCAUCAUCACCAACCUGGAUCCACCACCAUCUCCCAGCGAGCCCAACACGCUGGAGAUGCUGCAGCGCCGUGCCCAAGAGGUACUGGACAAGGCCAGCCAAGGCCUGUUGGCCAAUAACCUCGCCGACGAGCUGUCGUUCCGAAAAGGUUCCGGCGGUGGCGGCGGCGGCAGCGGCAAGGGCAGCUCCCUGUCGCCGUACGACGGCAAGUCCGGCGGCGGUAACGGUGGCAGCCGAGGCGACAACUUCUACAAGCACCGGUGCCGGUACUGCGGCAAGGUGUUCGGCAGCGACUCCGCGCUCCAGAUACACAUCCGUUCGCACACCGGCGAACGGCCGUUCAAGUGCAACGUGUGCGGUAGUCGGUUCACCACCAAAGGCAACCUGAAGGUACACUUCCAGCGACACACCACCAAGUUCCCCAACGUCAAAAUGAACCCGCUGCCGGUGCCCGAGCACUUGGACAGGGACUUCCCGGCCUUGAUCCCGCCCCACUUGAACCAGAGCCCGCACCAUCAGAACAGCUGCGGCUCGCAGAUGCCUCCCAACUCCUCUGCCGCCUCACGGUCACCGCUAUCCCAUCAGUUCUCCAGCGGUCCGCCUGCGUCCAUGUUCUCCGGCACGCUAUCCAGUUUGUUCCGACCCGGCGGCGGCGGCGGCGGUGGUGGUGGUGGCCACCCGCAGCACCAGCCGCAUCAGUCUUCUUCGGCCGACAACGUCACGCUUCCGUCGAACAUCCAAAUACCGUCGCAGCAACAGCAGCCGACCGAGCAGCUGCUGAUGACCAACCAUCACCACCACCAUCACCAACAGCAGCUUCACCAGUCGGGCGCCAAUCACUCGCCGUCGUCGUUGCACCUCUUCCAGUUCAAGCGCGAACAAGAGCAGCCCGAGAACCUGAGCAAACCGGCCAACGCGUGCUCCUCCCGUGAAUCGUCCAUUCCGUCGCCGUCACCGCUGUCCAACUCCAGCAUACCUCGGCACAACAAGGACGACCCUGCCGAGUACAUCGACGACAUGGCCGUGGACAUCGACUCGGCCGACGCGGACGGCCGUCAACACGAUAUGGACGCCAAUAUGGACGACUUUAGUGUUGAUACCAAGUACAGCGGCGACGAAGAGCGGACGAACAGUCCCACCAUGAACGACCACGGGUUGCAAGAUCAACCGGAGAACUUGUCCAACAAAAGUGGUAGAGUUAUGAUGUCCAGUCCACCCUUGAUCACAUCGGACGAAUCGUUCUCGCCCAGGCCGACUUCGUCGUCUUCGCGUCAUCAUGGUUCCCGACCCGGCUCGCCCGCUUCGAUGUCGUUCAACAACACCAGGUACUCGCCCCCCUGCGCCUUGGACCUGACUCCCAAACAGUCGGCGAUGACCUCUGCCGCCGCCAACCACCUCAUGUCCGCGUACCUACCGCCAGCGUUCACCGGACUCAUGGCCGCCGCAGGAUCAGCCACUUCCGCGGCCGGGCUGCCGGGCCACGGGCCUCCGUCUUUCGGACCAUCCGCGGCCCGAGGAAACACCACGUGCAACAUCUGUUUCAAAACGUUCGCGUGCCACUCCGCGCUAGAGAUCCACUACAGAAGUCACACCAAAGAACGGCCGUUCAAAUGCACCGUGUGCGACCGGGGCUUCUCGACAAAGGGUAAUAUGAAACAGCACAUGCUUACGCAUAAGACGCGAGACAUGUCGUCGGGCGCGGGCGGUGGCAGCUCGUCGCAGAGCCACAUGUUCGACGGGAACAACUCGACGAGCUGCGGACACGAUGACACGGCCAGCAACGCGAGUUCCGAGAGCCGGGACGCCGCCGCGCAACACCAUCUACACCAUUACCAGCAGCAGAUGAUGCUUCUGACCGCGGCCGCCGGUAACGCCGCGGCCGCGGCCACGUCACCCACGGGAACCGGUGCCGGCGGAGCGUCGCGGUCCCUGCCACUGCCGCCGUCGUCGUCGUCGUCGUCGUCGUCGGUUCAGCAGCAAACCGGUGGCGGUACCAACGCGGCCACCGCGUCCACCGCUGCCGUCACCACCGUCUCGGUGAACGCGUCUACCAGCACCACCGGCACAGCGGCCCAGUCGGCCACCGACCUGUCCUCGCCGUCACCACCGCAGCCACCGCCAGCCGCCACCAACCUGUCCGCGCAUCAUUCGGCCAAACUGGCGGUCCCACCGCCUCCGCCGCCGCCUCCUCCACCACCACCGCCACCGCCGCAACAGCAACCGGUCACACUGACAGUGCCGACCGUUGGACAACUAUAUGCGGUCAGCGGCGGUUCCAGGAAAUCGUCCGCAGCGGCCGGCGAGGGACCGUCGUCGUCGUCUUCGUCUUCGUCGCCCAAACGUUCGCUGCCCGAUCCGGACGUGGGCCUGCCCUUGCCCAAGAGGCAGCCGAGUUCACCGAAACACUUGUGUCACGUGUGCAACAAGAAUUUUUCGUCGUCCUCCGCGCUACAGAUCCACAUGAGGACCCACACGGGCGACAAGCCUUUUCGCUGCACGGUGUGUCUAAAGGCGUUCACGACAAAAGGCAACCUUAAGGUGCACAUGGGAACGCACAUGUGGACAAACGGCACGUCCAGAAGAGGGCGAAGGAUGUCGCUGGAGCUACCGCCGUUGCAGAUCGCCAACACCGUAAAAGACUCGGACUUCCUUCAACGGAGACCUGAAAUCUAUUACCAUCCGUUUUUGCCCAGUCCGUUUUUAAACGGGAUUCACCAACAAAAGAUCAACGAGAUAUCGGUGAUCCAGAACGUGAACAGCAACGUGAACAACCGCAUCCUGAGCGGGUUCGGCAACUUCGGCGGCGGUGGCGGCUCGUUCCCCGGCGGCGACAUGAUGAAACCGGAGCCCGGCGGCACGGCGGCCGACAACAAGCAGAUGCCGUCGCCGCCGUCGCAUCACAUACGAACGCCGCCGCUGUGGGACCUGCACUACGACCGGCAGUCCGCGGUCAACAUCAAGUCGUCGCCCGACGACCAUCAGCUCAACAACUGCGCGCCGCAGUCCCCUCGGUCGUCGCCCAUCGCCCACGCCAACCACAUCUCCCAGAACCGCACCGAAGGUCUGGCCACAUAACAUUUACUCGAGUAUUUGCGUUUUAACCGAUGAUAAAACUCAAAUCGUCCGACCACUCUCAUUCACUACUACUACUACUACUACUACUACUACUACUACUACUACUACUGCAUGAUGAUUAUUAUUAUUAUUAUUAUCAUUAUUAUUAUUAUACCUAAUCAUUACUAUUAUUAUUAUUAUUAUUAAGCUAGUGCUAUUUUUGUUAACACGUCCGUUCUACUACGGUUUGUAUUCGUUUUAUGUUAUUUUUAUUAUUAUUAUUUACAAAGCUAGUAUUCGAAUAGUUGAUCGUCUACGGUUUUUAUCUCGCGCCCUGGUGCUCCAAUCCGUAUUCAAAUAGUUAAUAACGUACCGUUUUAUUCGAUUAUUAUUGUUUUUCCUUCCAGGUUUCAUAAAUCCCACGGUCGAUUGACGUUUUUUAUAUUCCUACCUUUGGGUAUUUUUUCCUUUUUUUUUUUUUUUUUCGUACGACUUGAAAUGAGAUUUGAAAAAAACCCAAAUUUUUUAUUGUUAAAUAUAUUAUUGUUGUAUCGCGCGAGUCCCGUGAUUUGUGUCGUUCGUAUCUGUCGAAUGAAAACUGCAGUCGAUCGCCGAAACGACGAUUUGCCCGUCGUAAAAAACGAUCAGUACCGUCGCGGUGCUGUCCAAAUAAACCAUAUAACGGUCGAAAUCGAAAUCGUAAAGUAGUAGGUGAUAACAAUAACCGAACAACGUUGAAUAGCAAAACGAAUGCGAUUAACCAACCUAUAUACAUUAAUGUUUUAACAUUGCGACCAAAUAUUCGAAAUAUCUGUUUUGUGUUGGUAUCAUUGUUUAUUACUAUUAUUAUUAUGAAUAGGCAAUAUAAUGCCGUAGGUUAGCGAAUUCCAUAGUUUGACAUUGAUUUAUAUUUAUUUAUGUAAUAUUUAAUACUAUAAUUAUUAUUAGCGUCGUGUGUUUUACUAUUAAUAUUUAUGUUUCGAAUAAAAAAUCAUUAUUGUACGGUAAAAGUAUCAUGCAUAUCCCUGGGUAUAUCGAACCAUGCCAAAUCGUGGUACAGUUUUUGCUAGAUUUUAAGUAAUUGUACUAUUUUUCAUUUCGUCUACCACAUUGCCAGUUGAUGUGUUUUUUUUUUAAAUUUUUUUUUUUUUCAUCUCCACCUGGCAUCGGAUUAUAAAAUUGUUACUUAACGCUUUUGAACGCGAGUGCGAACGCUGUACGGCUUAUAAAAAUAGUUUUUUUUUCGACCUCAUAUAUAUGUACAUAUAUGUAUAAAACGAUAAGUAUGAUACUCAUGUAUAUAUAAAAAAAAAAAACCCCAUAGUUAAAUUGAAUACGUACAUACGCGUUUUAGACCAUACGUAGAUUAUGUGCACAAUUUCGAAGUAAAAUAUCUGCUGCGGUGAGUGUUAAAGAACAAUACUGAUUAAAUAAAAAAUAGAAUAAUUUAUGAAAUUUGAUACGAAGUUUUAUCGUGUACUUAACACUACGAGUGUCUCUGUUUUUUUUUUUCUAUACAUUUUUAUUAUAAUAAACAUUUAUUACACAUUAUA